UUGAGAAGGCAACAAAUAUCUUCAAAUCAUGAUGUGUCCAGCUUUAGUCUGGAUAACUAUCACGGUACUUGCAACUGUUCUUCUCUUCAAUUCAUUGUUGAUCGGAAAGAACAAGAAGAAGAAAUUGCCCCCUAGUCCAAGAGGACUUCCUAUUCUAGGACAUCUUCAUCUGUUGGGGAAAAAUCCUUACCAGGAUCUGCAUAAGCUGUCUAUGCAAUAUGGUUCUAUCAUGCAUCUACGAUUCGGAUUCAUAUCAAACAUCAUUGUUUCAUCGCCCCAUGCGGCUGAGCAAUUCCUGAAGACAUAUGAUCUUGUUUUUGCCAGUAGGCCACCUCAUGAGGCUGCUAAGCAUAUGAGUUUUGGGCAAAGAAGCCUGGCCUUUGGGAAGUAUGGUCCAUAUUGGCGCAACAUGCGUAAAUUAUGCACCUUAAAUUUGCUUAGUAAUCUUAAGAUCAGUUCAUUUCAGUCUAUGAGAAGGGAAGAGCUUGGAUUGUUUGUUGAAUCACUCAAACAGGCGGCUCUUAAUCAAGAUGUUGUUGAUAUUGGUGCAGAAGUUGCUGCCUUAAGCGCGAACAUGACUUGUCUGAUGGUGUUUGGAAAGAAGUAUGCUGAUAAGGAAUUCGAUGAGAGAGGCUUCAAAGCUGUGAUCAAAGAGGCUAUGCAAUUAAUGGCAACACCUAACCUUGGAGAUUACUAUCCUUUUCUUAAGGUACUUGAUCUUCAAGGCUUGACCAGGAGAAUGAAGGCGGUUGGCAAAAUUUUUGAUGAAUUCUUAGAGAAGAUUAUUGAUGAACACGAGCAAUCUGCAAACCAAGCUAGGCAAGCUGAUGACUUUGUCUAUACCAUUUUGGCCCUCAUGAAAUCUAAAGAAACUGAAUUUGAAUUUGAUCGCCGCCACAUCAAAGCAGUUUUGGUGGACUUACUUACUGCAGCAAUGGACACUACAGCUACAACUGUUGAAUGGAUACUCGCGGAGCUCUUGAAAAACCCCCGAGUAAUGAAGAAAGUCCAGCAAGAAUUGGAAGAAAAAGUAGGCCUACACAGGAUGGUUGAGGAAUCAGAAUUGGAAAACCUAACAUACUUAGACAUGGUUGUAAAGGAAGCAUUAAGGCUCCAUCCUGUUGUACCAUUACUUCUUCCUCAUGCAGCCUUGGAGGAUUGCAUAGUUGAUGGUUUCCAUAUACCGAAAGAUUCCAGAGUGAUGAUCAAUGUUUGGACAAUCGGAAGAGAUCCAAAUGCAUGGUCUGAUCCUGAGAAGUUUACACCAGAGAGAUUUAUUGGGAGCAACAUAGAUGUAAGAGGACAUGAUUUCCAGCUUAUUCCCUUUGGCUCAGGCAGAAGAAGCUGCCCUGGAAUGCAGUUGGGGCUAACUGUGGUCCGUCUUAUGGUAGCACAAACAGUGCACUGUUUCAAUUGGGAACUUCCAAAUGGGAUGCUGCCUUCAGAGCUAGACAUGACCGAGGAAUUUGGCCUUGUGGUGACCAGGGCCAAGCAUCUGAUGGCUAUUCCAACAUAUCGAUUGAGUAAAUGAUUAAGCAGGGAUUUGGAGCGAAAAGGAGUUAAGAACGUGAACUGUAACUAAUUUCUAUGCAAUGUGGCAUGGGCGCAUCAAAGUCUAAUUUUGCAAGUUUGGGAUGCUCGGAAUUUGGCACGUGUUCUCCAAAAUUUGAAUUGAAGUCACAACGGUCGAAUGUCUCACCAGAUGGAUAGUGUUUUAUUCCUACUAGAAUGCUAGUCUAUUUUGUCUACUAAGACGUUUUGUUUUUGUUGGAAUAAGACUUGAUUUGUUACAAUUUGAUUUCGCUAAGUAGUAGUAGUUGACUAGUAGUAGGAAAGGAAACAAAGGAGCAUUAUCGUUUCUUUGUUCUUCCUUUUUAUCGAAACGAGGAACUAAUCAGUGGUGAAUAGGUCUCGUUUCUUCUUAGGAAGAAACAUGAGUACCGAAUUCAUUUCUCUUUUUCUCAGGAAUUCAUCUCAAUUGGAGAAUGGCCGCAGCAAUAAAUUCCAAUAUUUCGCACU